GGAACACAUUUAUGGACCAUAUGAGGACACGAUGUACAUACCCUUCAAGGGUGUAAGACACAACUUGGUUUCUGGCACUACACUGAAAGAUGUAUUUGUGGGGAGAGAAUUUUUUCCAAGGGUUGUGCUAAGGCGUCAUGAUCGCUGUCGUUAUCAGGAUGUUUUGAACUACCUGAAUCUGAGCAAAAGCAAUGAUCUGUUCAGUAUGAGCCGGCCCGUUGAAAACCACAAAUCGACAACAAAAGUGACACUGAUUGUGGCAAUCUCCGCCAUCCUUGAUGUGAGAGAAACAGAUCAGACUUUUGUUCCUUACAUUUGGAUUCAUAUGAUUUGGAAAAAUGAAUACAUUCACUGGAAUCCAGCAGAUUUUUGCGAGAUUGAGCAUGUGUUGGUUCCCACUGAUGUUUUAUGGAAACCAGACAUAAUUAUUGAAGAGAUGAUAGAGAAGGACAAAGCUCCUCCGAGUGACUUCCUCAAAAUAAGAUCAAAUGGUAAUGUUGAGUAUCGGAACGACCAGGUGGUGAUCAGCAGCUGUAAGAUGAGAGUUUAUAAAUUCCCCUUCGACGUUCAGAGCUGCAACCUCUCCAUCAAGUCUCUCAUGCACUCUGAUGAGGAAUUAUAUUUUUCAUUUGACUCAAACUCAACGGUGCUCACCGAGUUGUCCCGCAUGGUGAUGCAGACCCAGUACGAGUGGCUGUUCAUCAAGAUGACAGUCACCUCCAAAACUGAUAAUAUUAGCAUCGAUAUGAAUCAAACCUCCGUCAUUCACACUAUCUACAUGAGGAGGAGGUCUCUCCUCUACAUUGCCAACUUUCUGAUGCCGAUCGUCUUCUUCUUGUGUCUGGACUUGAGCUCUUUUCUGAUCUCAGAAAGUGGAGGAGAGAAACUCGGUUUUAAAGUCACUGUGCUGCUCGCCGUCACAGUGAUGCAACUCAUUCUCAAUGAAAUUCUGCCGUGCUCAUCAGAGAGGAUCCCACUGAUAGCUGUCUACUGCAUUGGGAUUUUUACUCUCAUGAUGCUGAGUCUCCUGGAAACUAUCUUGGUGAUGCAUCUGAUGGAGAAAGACGCUGCUUCACCUCAAGACAGUGAUACAAACAGAGACCAUAAGCUGACGAAGCACAAACUUAGCAAAUCCAGCAUCCACCACUGUUUUAAAGGUGAGUUUAAUCAAAGAUUCAGCAAAACCUCUGGACAUCACAAAAUUGAUAGCACCAGCCAGCUGGUAGAGGUGUCCCUGGCUUUGGGAAAAGUGUCAGAUGAGCUGGAGCAGAUUGAGAAAACAAUGUCAGCACUGAGUGAAGAGAAAGAAGAGAAGAAACCAGGCGACUGGACCAGGGUGGCUAAAAAAAUCAACAAGGCCUUCAUGAUUUUCUAUUUCUCAGCAGUCACUGUGUUUUUAGCUAUUAUCUUUACAUUGUGGAGCCGUUCAGAGGAGGAACAGUGA